AUGCCUCCGAAACGCAAGAGGAACGAUCGCCAAUCGAUCGAAGGCGGUCGAUCUUCUCCCCAUCGACCUGGAGAAACAUCACUCGGACAGCACGAUCGCGAAGACAACAUGUCACGUAAUCGUGGCAGAGGACCUCGAGGUCCGGGUCGACGCGACUCAUCACAAGGCCAUGGCCGAGCACCCCCGAAUCAACCCAAUCCUACACCACCGCAACGACGACCUGGCUCUUCACACGCACCACCACCGCCUCCGCCCCCGCCGCCAGCGAUCAAGAAGCCAACUUACAUUCCACCGCCCUUAAUAAGACCACCCUCUCCGGUCCGUUCUAACUAUCGCUAUAAUAAUCUUACGGACGAAAAGAUUAGCGCUUGGGCUGAGGGUGGUCGGGACGAGAUGAUUCAACAUGGAAAGCAAUCACGAGACGAUGUCGAUAUCACUGAGUUAUCAAGCUUGUUCCAAGAAUUCGUGCACGCAGUCGUCGAGGGUCGCUUAUCACCAGCCGAUGCAGGUACCUGCGUCAAGGAAAUCCUCGGAGACGAAACGACGGAGAUUAUUAAGGAUUCAUACGCGUUCGCUCCCCACACCCUAUUUCUUGACUCUCUAUCCAUCGUUAUGGAUAACGAGCCCGCGAUUUACCGACCGACCCUCCGGGAAUUUGUUCUGACAGCUGGCGUGUCUUCAAACUUGAUGCGCCAGGUGCUCGACCCAGAAGUCUUGCAGCAGCUUGGGCUUAUCAGAGAUAAUUUCGUCAAACUGGGUAUCAAGCAGGCGACGAAUCUUCUCUAUCGACAAGCCAACUACAACUUGCUUCGCGAGGAAACCGAAGGAUACUCCAAACUCAUCACAGAACUAUUCACAACUAGUAGUGUAGCGCCUCCCCCUCCAGAAAUGGCGGAACAAACCUUUGAACGAAUCAAGGCAUUGAUAGGAACUUUUGAUCUCGACGUCGGAAGAGUUCUGGAUGUGACUCUUGACGUUGCAGCGGCUGUGCUGAUCAAACAGUUCAAGUUCUUUGUCAAAUUUCUCCGGGUCAGCUCUUGGUGGCCACGCUCUCAUCUCAAAUUCAGUGCUGCGGUCUACGUGGGCGGCCUGCCUUUGUGGGCUACACCAGAGUACUUGCAGUGGACAACAACAGAAGAGGACGAGAAGGUUUUGGAGGAGAGAAAACGAGUUCGUGAUAUUGCAUUCUGGAGCCGAGCUCGGGAAGUGCAUAUUGCAGCAUUCUUUGAGUUGGGCGGCCGACAAGUGGCAGAUUCCGACUCUCAACAACUUACCAUUACAAACGGAUCCCCAGGUGAAGACGCUGCGGCGGAUAUUGAACGACAAUGGGUACAAGAAACCAAGACCCUACCACCUCCAGGCAACCGCACGGCGGCGCAGCUGCUUGGCUUCAAGUUGCGUUUCUACAACUCGGACGCUAGAGAUGAAUCAGAUGUCCUUCCCGCAAACUUGCUCUAUCUGGCGGCUCUUCUCAUCAAGAUUGGCUUUAUUUCGCUGACUGACCUCUAUCCACAUCUCUCACCAGCUGAUGAAGACAUGGAAAUGGUUCGCGAGAAGGAAAUGAAGCGAAUUGAAGAGGCAGAACGAACCGCCAAAGGUGGACCAAUGAACGCCCUCCUCAUGGCUGGUGUCUUGCCCCAGGGCGACGACGAUAACCCAAACGGCUCGAAUCUUCCUCGACGGGAGCUUCCCAAGAAGGCCGAGGCCGACGCUAAAGAAGCUGCUGCAGAGGCGGCAGACAACAAACCAAAAUUGCCUGAGCCCCUGGAACAAAAGGUGGCGCUGCUCACCCAACUGUUGACUAUCGGUGCCAUUCCCGAAUCGCUAUUCAUUCUUGGUCGCUUCCCCUGGAUACCCGAAGUCUUUCCCGAAGUGCUGGAAAGAAUUCAUCGUGUCCUGCACUAUUCUGUCGACAAAGUCUUUCACGAUAGUCGGCCUAUCGUGGUAGGCGAAUCCGGCUGCCCGACCAAACUCGUCCCCGAUUUUGACCAAUCUGGGCUUCCCAAAGGCAGCGUCCGUCUAAGCAGACUGACAACCCGAAAAUCGCUUAGAUGGCCAUUCCCAGACAAGAUUGACACCAACGAGUCGCAGAAUUACCGAUAUUAUUGGGAUGAAUGGGCGGACAAUAUUCCUGUUUGCCAGACCGUGGACGAUAUCUUCACCCUGUGUGGGACACUGCUUAACAUUUCCGGUGUCAACAUUGGCAAGGAUGAGGCGCUCUUGACUAAGUUGGCCAGAAUUGGAGCCAAGAGUCUUGGAGAGGAUAGGUCUGAGCAAAACCUCACUCGAUGGCACGAUCUCCUACGACGGCUUUUAUUGCCAGCGUUGAGUCACACCAAGGCUAACGCUUCUGCUGUCAAUGCAAUCUGGGAACUUAUGAGGCAUUACCCCAUGACUACUCGCUAUUCCAUGUAUGCUGAGUGGUUCGAGGGUCAAAUAUCUCGACUGCCUGCUAUGAAGGCAGCUUUUGCAAAGGCAACAUCGGAGACUCGAGGCACCAUGAAGCGAGUUUCCCUUACCAACUUGAGCGAAAUGGCCAAGCAAUUGGCCAAGACUAGCUACUCAUCUCCUGGCAUCGUGUUCCGAGUUGCUUUCGAACAAUUGGAAUCCUACCCAAACCUGAUUGAUGCCUUUGUGGAGUGCGCAAAGUACUUUACAGACCUGUCCUACGAUGUGCUUGUGUGGUCCCUGAUGAGCUCUCUCGGAAAAUCCAGGAGCCGUACUCAAGCUGAACACGCCCUCACUACCAGUAAAUGGUUGCAGGCCUUGUCAAGGUUCUCUGGCAGAGUUUUCCGGCGAUAUACUGUAUUGAACGCUACACCAGUUCUUCAAUAUGUCAACGACCAGCUGAUCAAGGGUAACUCUACCGACCUUAUCAUCCUCAAGGAGCUCAUCACUUCCAUGGGUGGAAUUGUGGAUUCGGUUGAUUUCACGGACCAUCAAAUCAUGUCAAUGGCCGGAGGUGAAUACCUGCGACGACAUACUCUAAUUCGUGGCCAGGAUAAGCGUUUUGACAGCAUCAAAAGCUCAAAGCGUCUUGUCCAAGCUUUAACGGACUCCAAGCUUGCUGCACAGCUUCUCAUCAGUCUAGCGCAAUACCGACAAGCAGCACUUUUCCAAGUGCCAGAGGAUGAAGCUCAUAUCAAGUAUCUUUCCUCGAUGAUUGAUGAUUCUCACCGCAUUCUAAUCCAAUACCUCGACCUCCUCUGGAGCAACAUGGACCCGGCCAGCUUCGAUGGCCUUGUCCCCUCUAUUCCCGAACUCAUCAAUUCCUACGGUCUCGAUGUCGGUCUGGCGUUCAUGAUAGGCAGGGCAAGCCUCGCCCACCGCAUGUUCCCUUGGAAGCAAAAGAAGACUGAAGAAACCAAAGAAAAGGCUCAAAUUGCUCAAUCUACAGACAAGGAAGGGGACGUUACCAUGUCCAAUACGCCCGUCACAAAUGGCGGCAACGAUACACCCGGCCAAGAGACACCACAGGCCGACGACCAGACACAAAAGUCUGAAGAUAAUUCUCUCAUGAAAUCAGCACUGCAGCCUCUGGUGGAAACUAUUCAAGAUGCUGCCCGUCCUGAGACCUGGCAGAAGAUUACCCCAGAUCUCUAUGUGACCUUCUGGGCUCUUCAGCUAGGCGAUCUCUACUGCCCUGAUAAGAUCUACAAGCAAGAGAAAGACCGUCUCAGAGCCGAAGACCUUGCUAUUACACGAGAUCGCAGCGACAUGUCACGAAGAGGACAAGAACGCAAAAUGGAAAAGCGAAAGGAGCUUAUGCAGCUUCAGAUCGGCCUUUCCGAAGAAUGCGGCGAACAUCUCUUACGACAGGCGAAGUGGAAGUAUUUUCUGAGCAAGCAGUUCCAGUCUUCAUUCCCAGAGCCUCGAGCCAAGCCCGACAGCAUUUCCGACACGUUGCUCGAGCAGUGCUUCCUUCCUCGUCUGCUUCUAUCCAAAGCUGAUGCCGAGUAUACUUACAAAUUUAUCAAAGCGCUUCACGAAGGGAAUGCUCCAGGCUUCCAGUUGAUGUCUCUCUACGAUCGGCUAUUCAAUGCCAACCGCUUGAGGUCUCUUAUAUUCACAUCAACCGUUAUGGAGGCUGAAUAUCUCGGUCGUUUUUUGAAGCUGAUCUUGGAAGACUUGUCACGCUGGCACAAGAACGCACCCGUCCCCAAUGAAAAGGAUAAGUCCAAAGAUCAGCCCAGGUUGGGUGCGUAUGACAAGGAAGGCAAAGGGCCGAGCGAUCAACCUCGUCUUGGGUUUGCUCUAACUUUUGACGACAACGGAAAGCCCUUGACAUUUGUAGAGCACGAGCAAUUCCGCGAUAUGCUGUUCCGCUGGCAUAAGAAUUUGAACAGUGCUCUCCGUACUUGUUUGGAAGGUGCGGAAUGGAUGCACAUUCGAAACGCUAUUACAGUGUUGAAGGCGGUCCUUGACUUCUUCCCUGCGAUCGAUUUUAUGGCCUCCAAAUUUUCUUCGCUCCUUCAAACUAUUACCAAACAAGAGUCUGUUGCAAAGCCAACACCAGCUAGUGAGGUUGGUGGUCGUGUUGAUCUGUCAGUCGCCGCACAAGGUGCAAUGUCAGAACUGCAGAGGAGGAAAAAUAAAUGGGUCAUGGUACAGGCCUUCCGCCCUGGUGGUGCUGGACCUGCGCAGAACGAGUCAGAAAAGGCAUCUUUACGUGCAACCGCUCCGGAGUUCAAACCUGGCUCCGCAAAGCCCUUUAGAGGAAAACAAAACACAGCAGAAGAGGAAGAUGGGGAGGUCAAGGAUUCAAAGACCUCUGGAACAGAUUCGGCAAAACCUACAGGCCCCGCGAAGGACUUGUUACCCGCCAAACCAGGAUCGACCCGAGAGUCCAACUCGGCCAAACGUGAUCAAACACCUUCAGGGCCUCGUGCCGCAAACACAAAUUCAGGAGCUGGUUCAUCCGGGAAACAUGAUUCUCGGCCUAAUACGUUGCCUGAACGCCCUCCCCAUACCCUCCCUAGUCGACCUGACGUGCAGAUCCCUGCCUACACUCCUGAUCGAUUUAACCAAUCUAGGAGCCAUGAGCGUCGUGACGGAAAGGAACCACGAGAUUCACGCUCCAGAGAUUCACGAGAGCCUAGAGAAGUUCGUGAAAAUAGGGAUCAACGAGAUUCUAGGGAAACACGCGAACCACGAGACCAAAGAGAUUCGCGGAAUUUCGACCCCACUCGUCAAGACCGUCCUCGUGAGUUCCCUGACCGACGAACACAGGAACACGGUAGAGAGCCAUCCCGAUCUGAUGGAGGGCGUCGCGGCGAACACGAGCGAGAACGGCCCCGAGAUGCUAAGAGCAGCAGAGGUCAUGAUCAUGGCCGUCUGAAUGACACCCCAACCUCAGCUCCUACUGUACCUGCCGCUGCUGAGGCACCCGAGCCCCAUAUCAACCCAGAGAGAGCUGCUCUAUUUGCUCAAGACAAUAAGCAAACUCGUGCGCCUGAAUCUGACCGAGGCAGGGGGCGCAAGGCCGCUCCUGUUGAGCCGCUCGACACGAUCAACCCGGAGAGGGCGGCGUUGAUGGGCAACAGGGAUAGCACACCAUCGCGUGCCCCCAGGAAUGAAACGCGAGAACAUGUCUCUCGUGCUCAAUCACCUCGCCGAGGUGGUCGUGAAGAACGACUUGACCGAAACUAUCCUCUGGAACAUCGACCCUCUGGACGAGAUCCUCGAGAGCGUUCGCCGUUGCCAGGAAACUACCGUGGGGACAGACCGGUGGACCGCGAGAAUGAACGGCCUUCUGCACCAAAGGGCCGUGACGCUUCUGGUUUCCAUGCCGCUUCGGCGCGUGCCUCUGAGCCUGAUCACAAGCCCGCGCAUCAAGACGAUUCGUACGGCCGCCUCAAUGCUAUUCAGCCCGUGGCCGAUAUUCCAUAUGGCCCCAAGGCUCGUGGACGAGGUUCAACAAGAGGCCAUGGUGGACCACAGGCUCUUCCAGGUCGACUCGACAGCCGAUUUGCUGGUCCCGAAGCCGAGGGACCGGCCACUCCAGAUCGACCCCCUCCUACUGGCCCAUCAUCAGCACGUGGGCGAAGAGGCUACGAGCAGAAUGCUGGUCCAGCUACUCCUGCAAGCGCACCUGGAGGCCCCGGGGGCAGACUCAGAAAUGCUGGUCCUGGCCAGAACAUGCCCUCUCCCGCGUCAGUCAAUGCAACUCCUACAGGCGUUCAUCCCGAGCGUCUUGCUCAGAUCGGUGGUGGCGGUAACCCGCUACCUCCCCCUCCUCCGGGACAACCACCACAUGGGCCCAGCAAUAGCCAUGGACAUGGCCGACAGUCAAUGGGUGGAACAAACACUCCUGAUCGUCCCAAUUCUGGUCCACGACAAACACCUGGAGGGUAUACUGGUUCUCCAGCCGGUGAACCAAAUGUUCCAACCGGACCGGCUUCCAGCGAGCGUCGCAGUGGUGGCCGAAGGCAGCUCGCGGGCAUCAAUAGCACCUUGCAACAAGCCCAAGCCAACAUGCCCGACACCACCCGAAGCAGCAGCGGAAGGAGAGGUCAGGCACGCCAACCCCUUGGCGGUGGCUCAGAUGCUCAAGUCUUGACUGGGGGUUCGCCUGCCACCACACCAGCACAAGAGCGUCCAGAUCCGGUCAGGAACGAAUCUUCAACUCGAGCGCCUGCCAAUGGAGAUGAAGGAUCAGGCCGUAGUGAGCAUGAGCGUGGCCGACGCGAUCGCGAAAGUCGAUCAAAUAGAUCUUCGCGUCGAGGAAGCCGUGAUCGCGAUCGUGAUCGAAGUCAAGGUCGAGACAAGGAGCAUCGUGAACACCGUGACCGUCGUUCAGGGGCUGGAGAGGGUGGUAGGGAAGAGCGUGAAUCCAGACGCUCCAACAGAGAAUCCGGUGGCGCUCCACGCGAACCAAUGGGGCCUCCUCCUACCGGAAGAGACCUCGUACAAGGCCGCGAUGGUCGGCACAGAGGUGAUAGCCAAAACAGCCGCAGUGGUGAAGACUGGGCAAACAACGGUAGAGGAGGACGAGGUCAGCGUGAAGGAGGUCUACGACCAGACGAUCGUCGCGACGGACGAGACGACCCUCGCGGGCGGAAGAGGAGAAGCGAGGGAGAUGCAGGGUCACAGAAUGAUCGAGAGAAGCGGGCCCGACGAUGA